AUGAAGUUUAACGUGAAGGCUUGGAGCGGCGGCGCGCGCGUCGGAGUACUGGAGAUCGGAGGCUGUGCGAGUCCUAUAGAGACGCCUGCUCUUCUCCUAUCUACUCGUAAAGGCCUCCCUCACUUCAUCUCCCCAGACCUUCUCUCUUCCCUCCCUUCUCCUGAUUGUCGUCUUCUCCAAGUUUCUCCACUCCACUUUUUGGAAGGACUUCCUACAAAAAAUAUAUCAAAAAUAGGGGGGCUCCAUCGAUUGCUCAGUUUGCAUGGAUAUGGAAUUGCAGCUGUAGUUAGGGAUUCUAUUAGCUGUCUUCCUGAGUGUAUUGGAAGUACCAAACUUGGGGCAUCUUUUGAAACCCCCUGUGGUCGUCUCUUGAUUAAACCCAAAGAUUAUAUGGAAAUGAUUUCACACAUGAGGCCAAACAUAUGGGUUGCUUUGGCUGAUGAAGUACCUGCUUGGGUAUCAGAUAAAAGGAACAAGACCUCAGUAGACCGAACUGUCAGAUGGCUUGAUGACUGCCUUGCAUUGAAUCUGGAAGGCGGAUGUGCCUUUGGUGCCAUUGUUGGAGGUUCAUAUUUGGAAGAGCGGAAGCAUUGUGCAAUGGAGGUAGCCAAGCGAAAUGUAUCAGGUUAUUGGAUUGGAGGUUUUGGGCUUGGAGAGAGCAUUGAUGAACGACCUCCUCUUCUUACUGCUAUUAUGGAUAUCUUGCCAGAUGAUAAGCCACGCAUGGUCUGUGGGCUUGGACUUCCAGAGGAGGUCUUGCAAGGAAUAGCUGCUGGAAUCGAUCUUUUUGACUCAACGUACAUAUAUUCCCUCACACUUGGAGGAUAUGCACUUACCUUUCCACUGGACAAAGAUGGGAAUCGUUAUAAUCUGCAGUUGAGUCAAAUAGGAAGUGACUCGACCAAAAUUAAUUUAAGAGCUACUGUUUAUAGGAAAGACAUGUCUCCCAUUCUAGGAAACUGCACCUGCUAUACAUGCCAGAACCAUACCAAAGCAUACAUCAAUCACCUACUCAACGUUCACGAAAUGCUGGCACAAAUCCUACUAGACAUCCACAAUACACACCACUAUUUGCUGUUCUUUCGUCUGAUAAGGGCAACGAUCAAAGACGGAAGCUUUGAACAAUUUCGGCAGACAUUCAUAGAGAGCAGGCGCAACCAUUUGAAAGGGGAAGCUGUUCCUGCUUAGUGCAUCCUAAUUUUGCAGAAGAUUUUGCUUUUAGGGUUUAUGCUUAACCUGACGAGGAUCUCAUGUAUCAUACAGAGCUUAAGAAAUGAGUUGUAUUAUAGCAUGUAGAUUUGAUGAUCUUUUUGGACCCAAAACAGCAAAUUGUAUGUUAUGCGGCUACAUUAGUUCUCUUCGUUUUUCCUUUUUGUCUUCGGCGUUAAAAACGUUAGUUAUGUCUUACAAGUUGCUUGUUAAUUUGUUAUUAUGUACCCUCUCAAGUAAUUAAUAUAGAAGUUAUUUAAUUAA